GAUACUCGAUCAUGUGUGUGUUUAUCAGUUUCACGUGUUGUGCUCUGGAUUUAAUUAAAACAAAAUUUCACUAUAUCUAAUCACGAAUAUCAUAAUUCGCUUAAGAGGUGAACAUGACUAGAAAAGGACAAGGCCAAAGAUCAAAAAACACCAUCAUCACCAAGAACGAAAAAAUCAGCAAGAAGGACAAAGAGAUAAACGAUUAUGUUGACAAGCUAUUAAGAAUUAGCACGACCCCACAACAAACUAACCCACUGAAGGCUUUGGAAGCCCAGAGAGAAAUUAAUUCUCUAACGGAGAGAAUAAAUAAAUUGCAAGCAAAUAGAAGUAAACAUGCGAUUGGCAAACGGACAGGUGCUGCCACCAUCGAGAAUUUCACGAAGUGGGUUAUCGAGAAUGGCGCGGAAAUCAAAGGAUGCGAAAUCGCUCAAUUUGAUGGAUUCGAUUUGGGAUUGAGAGUUACCACUGAAAUACCAUUCUCUUCGCUAGUCAUUGCAGUUCCCAGAAAUCUAAUGAUGAGUUUGGAAACUGCCAGAAAAACUGACCUGAAAAAUAUCAUGGAGACUGAUCAGAUUCUAAGUAAUAUGCCUAAUGUGGCCUUAUCAAUUUUUUUAUUGUAUGAAAAAUUCAAGACAGAUUCAUUUUGGAUGCCAUAUAUCAAUAUUCUUCCAUUGAAUUAUAGCACUGUUUUAUAUUUCACUCCUGAAGAGCUGGAAGAGCUAACUGGAAGUCCUACAUUAGAGAUAGCUUUAAGACAAAUAAAAAGUAUUGCUAGGCAAUAUGCUUAUUUUUACAAAUUGUUCAAUACAUCGGAGGAUCCUAUUAGUAGGUUGAUGAAGGACAAAUUCACAUACUGGGAAUACUGCUGGGCUGUAUCGACUGUUAUGACGAGACAGAACACCAUACCUUCAGAGGAUGGGGAAAAUAUGAUAAAUGCUCUCAUACCGCUUUGGGAUAUGUGUAAUCAUACUAAUGGAACGAUAUCAACGGACUAUAACCCAGAGUUACAACGCAGCGAAUGUCUCGCUUUGAAGGACUUCAAACCAGGUGAACAGUUUUUCAUAUUUUAUGGAGCACGUACCAAUGCUGAUCUCUUCAUACAUAAUGGAUUCAUUUAUGACGAGAAUACUCACGAUGGCAUUUGGAUAAGACUUGGUAUCAGUAAACAGGAUCCACUCCAAGAAAAAAGGACUGACCUGCUCAACAGAUUAGGCAUAGCUACUUCUGGCGACUUCUUCAUCAAGAAAGGGUCUGAUCCAGUAGACGGAACAUUAUUGGCGUUCUUGAGAAUUUUCAACAUGGACGAAGAACAACUCCUGCAUUGGUUGGAAAGCGACCGAAGCGACGAUUUGCGAUACUUAGAAUGCGCCCUCGAUACGACUUUGGAAAAGAAAUCGUGGACUUUCUUGCAGGCGAGGCUCAAAUUGCUGUUGGGCAUUUACAAGACCACUUUAGAAGAGGAUCUGGAACUGCUGCAGGAUAAAGAGUUGGGCGCUAACAAAGUAUUGGGAAUACGAAUGAGGGCGAUCGAGAAGAGAAUAUUGAGAGGUGCCAUCGAAUAUAUAGAUCAGUGCAUCAGGCAGUAGUUGAGGAAAACAUAAUAACGAUACGAAGGAAAGUUAACAGAGAUUCAAUAAAUGUUUCAUUUGAAUGGAUUUUGAAAUGUUUCCGACAUGUGUGCAAAAUAAAUAAUAAUAGUGUUCUGGUUUUAAUAAUCCAUUCGUUGUUUUCCUUGUACCCGUCUAUUUGUAUUCACUC